AUCUUGCGCAGUGAUAUUUCUAGAAAUCUUAUACCAGCAUUAUUGUUGGUGAGCAAUCUUGCAGUAAAUGAUUUACACACUACGAUUACUUUUACGUUUAUACGAAGCCAGCGUUUAAAAGAGGGACCAAAUCCUCUUGAAAUCACAGCAAUUGACUGGAUUGUCCUAUCGCACAGGUACUAAAUUUCGGGCACUCAGAUUGGUACGUGAUACUACUAGUGCUAUGUAUGAUAGAUUGCGCCGAAAUGUAGCCACUACUAUCGCUGGAAAAAAUAAAAAGAUGGAUGUUUGAUUGCGUUGCACUGCCAGUAAGUCGCAGUGAUGGGUAAACAGCACACUGGGGUUUAAGACUCAGUCAAAUUGUGAUGCUUUUCCAGUGUUAAACCCUCUCUUCCCGCCCCAGUUAUCACAGUCAGAUGCUAUCCACUCUGCAAGCAGUGCUGCUGUAUGUCCUUUGUGGCCACCGUAGGCUGGCACUGCUCCAAGUGACUGCUUGCCCAGCCGUCUACUACCUAGUUACUCUACCCUAAGUUGCGUGAGUUACCUGAAGACAGUGUGUUCAAAGCAGCUAAUUUACAAACAGAAACCAUUUUAGACGUUCGGUGUGAUUUUACUGGAUGAAGGAAUAAAAGCGUGGGCACAAAAUUGGAUUUGGCACUGAAUGGCCUCAAUGGGAACUUUAAAUUCAGAUGAAAAUUCAGCCCUGGAUGGAGCACCUUCAGCUAAGAAGCCCAGAAAGCUACUACCAAGCUUGAAGACAAAGCGUCCUGAUGAGCUAGUGCUGAUGAUUGGGACUGGCAUUAGCGCAGCUGUUGCACCUCAAGUUCCAGCUCUGAAAUCCUGGAAAGGGUUAAUCCAAGCUCUCUUGGAUGCUGCUAAUGACUUUGAUCUGCUAGAAGACGAAGAAUGCAAAAAGUUCCAGAAAAGUCUGCGGGAGGAUAAGAAUCUUGUUCAUGUUGCCCAUGACCUCAUACAGAAGCUUUCUCCGCGUACCAGCAAUGUCCGCUCAACAUUUUUUAAAGACUGCUUAUAUGAAGUGUUUGACAACUUGGAGUCUAAGAUGGAAGAUGAUGGGAAACACUUACUCCAGUCAGUCCUUCAGCUUAUGGAAAAUGGAGCCCUUGUCUUAACGACUAACUUUGACAACCUUUUAGAAAUUUAUGCAGCUCAUCAAGGAAAGCAGUUGGAGUCACUUGACUUGACAGAUGAGAAGAAGGUAAUGGAGUGGGCUCAGGAAAAGAGGAGGCUGAGUGUAUUACACAUCCAUGGAGUAUACACGAAUCCCAGUGGAAUAGUCUUGCAUCCAGCAGGUUACCAGAAUGUGCUACGGAACAUUGAAGUUAUGCGGGAGAUUCAGAAGCUGUAUGAAAACAAGUCAUUCCUUUUUUUGGGAUGUGGACGGACAGUAGAUGACACCACUUUUCAGGCACUAUUUUUGGAAGCUGUCAAACACAAAUCUGACCUGGAACAUUUCAUGCUAGUAAGGAGAGAAGAUGUGGAUGGAUUUAAAAAACUUCGGGAAGACAUGCUAGACAAGGGAAUUAAAGUAAUUUCUUAUGGAGAACAGUACUCUGACCUACCAGAAUACUUCAAGAGGCUAGUAGAUGAAAUAUGUUCAAGAGCAGGUACACACAGAAAUAUAUCCGAGAAGAAUGGGCCACUUUUACCAGAUCAACACAUAAAAGAUGGCAGAACAUGAGAGAACAUGAAAUCUCUGGUGAUGUGCCUGGUUGGAUCUAUCUCCGUGUUAACUUGGGGGAAAUGCAUUGAAGGCUAUAGCUGCCUUGUUGCUAAUGAAGACAAUGAAUGGAGGAGAAAGGAAAAAUGUUAACAUUAUACUGUGGCAUCUUGUUUACAGAACCGUGAAAGGAACGCAGUUUUCUUCAGACAAACGUCACAACCUUGUUGUUCAUUCUGAAUGUAAGCUUUUAGCCAUCGAGGAAGAAAAGGACAAGAUGUAAGAAGUCUGCCUGCUCUCCAAAUGUAAAAUAGUAUUUUUGAAACACUUUGCCUUUUGGCUUCUGUACUGGACAUUGUUUACAAACCACUUCUUGCAUCUUUAUUAAAAAAAGAAAGCUGUCAGUAACUUUCAACUCCUACAGCCAAAGUGUAAAAACUCAUGUUUCAACAUCUGACAGAGUUUAAAUUGCUAACUGCUGAGCUGUGACUGUGAAACGUUCACUUUCAGGGACAUUUUUAUUUUGAAGGAUUAUAUUUAGAAUUACAGGGCAUCAUUGCUACAUCUUUAUGUAACUUUAUCCAGGACUCUUGUUAAUCAAUUCAUGCCCAUUGAUAUUAAAUAUAUUUGUAUAUUGUGGAUGCCUGCACAUAUAUAAUUACAGUGUGUGUGUGUGUGUGUGUGUGUGUGUGUGUGUGUG